AUGAGCAUCAAUCACAAAAAAAAAAUAUUUGAAAAUACUACUCCAAAUUAAUUUAAAAAUACACUUGAGUAUGUAUAGAUUCCAAAGAUUCUAGAACAUUCAUAGAUAUAAUAGAAUAUGUAAUUAAACAGUCAAUUAAGAAACUCAAAUUAAUUAGAUAUAUCAAAAUAAGUAUUAAAUGAACUUCAGAAUUUUACACCUAAUGAUUUAGAGUAGUUUCUAAUAUUGUUUAGAUAACCACAAUAAAUCAAUAUGAAAUUAGAGAAUAGUUAGUUUAAUAAUUAAUCUGGUUAAUAAUAAUAAUAAUAUUAUGAAUAACUUGAAAUAGAAGGGGAAAAAUUAAGAAUUAAAUUAAAGUAAGAUGCUCGUAUAGUUUAGUCAAUUAUUGAAAAACAUACAAAGAUGAAAUCUAAUAAAUAAAGAUGUAUUGAAUAAAUGAAUCAUCUAAUAAAUCAAAUUAAGUAAUCUAAUAAUGUUUCAAGAUAUUCUGAACUCAAUAAAUCAAUAAAAUACAACUUUAAUUAACUUGAAUCAAUUUAAUUAGAAUUAAGAGAUAUUUUAAUGGAUGCAUCUACUUUUGAGAAAGUAAUGUCAGUUUCAGUAUAAUAAUAAUAAAACCAUCAAUAAAAUUAUUAAGGAAGUAAUUUACUAGAUCAAACUAUAGGACAUUCAUCAAAUGAAACAUCUGAAGCUGAAUUCACAUCAUUAUCAUUAUAAAUAUAUUCGUCAAUUGAAAUGCAUGCAAAAGAAUUUGAAUAAACUAUUUCAGAAAAAAAAAGAUUAAUGCAUAUAAGUGAAAAUUAUCUUUAAUAUAAGUAAGCUUGUCAAGGUUUGAUAUAACUAAUCUAAAAAUAUCCUUAAUUUGAAUAGCAAAAAUCUUAGUAAAUGUUAAAGUUAGAAAGCAUUGCUUCAAUUUAUUUUUUUGAUUUCUAAAAAGAGUUGAAUCAUUUGAUUCUACAUUAUACUUAAAUUACUGAAUAGAUUCGAUUAUCUUUAUCUAUUAUUGAUAAGAUGAGAUAUUUAUUGGAAUAGGCAAAGAGUUUGGAUUGUAUUACUGAAUUUUAUUCAAAUAUAUAAAGUUAAUUAACAGGACAAUAAUUAAUUAUGACAACAGGAAAGAAUUUAAAAUUAGCAAAAGCUUACAAAAAAUAAUUUAAGAUACUUAAUAUCAGUAAUUAUCAAUAUUUUCAUUUUAUGAGAUAUAAGAUUUAUAAUAAAUGUCUAAAAGAAUUUGAUUAAUUAUAAUUUGAUAUAAAAACAGCAUAAAAUUUACAAUUAAUUUUAAUGAACUAAAUUAAAAUAUUUAAGAAUUACAUUUCAUUGAAUUAUGUUCAAUUAUUCAAUGAUGUAUUAGUAAAAUUAAAAUAAGAUUUAAAAUAAGAAACUUGGAUAUAUUUAAUCAAUCUUUAUACUGAACUAAAUUAAAAUAAAUAAGAUUUAUUAAUUAUUCUCUAAUAAUUAUAAAAUUUAAAAUAUGAAAAUCUAUCUUUUAUAAAAUUUAAAUCUGUAUUUUAAUUAAUGAUAGAAAAAGAAUUAGAAAAAAUUAAAGAAUUAUAUCCUUAAUUAAAUUAAUAUUUAGAUAUAAAAGACUUUAAGGCAUAAAAAGAUUUUGAGAAAUUUUAUACUUAAUAUAUAUAAUACUAUAAUGAAAUACAUCCAAAAUAGUUAAUCAUAUUAUCUGAUAUUAAUUAAUUUUUAGAAAAUUCAAUUGAUCAAUAAUUAAAUGAUUAAUAACAUUAAUAUUUAAGAUCACUUUAAACUUUAUAACCUAUUAUUAGAUAAUUAAGUAAUAAAAAAAUUAGUGGAAAUUUUAAUGCUAUAAAAGUCUAAUUUGAAGGUUUACUUUAAUUUGAAAUAGAUAUUGUUCAAUUAUAAUCAUCAAUGAAAUCUAUUUUAUAGACAAAUUUUAAUCAUAUUUUAGAUGAUUUUUUAGAUAUUACAAAAAUAAAUAAUAAUAGUUUUUUAUCAUAAUUGAUGGAUUUCAUCUAAAAGAAUAUUAAAAUCAUUUCAGAAAUCAAGAGUUCCUCACUUUAUAAUAUAAAAGAAUAACAACUUCGUUAAUUAUAAUGGAUUUGGAUAUUCUUUGAAUAAUUUGAAAAAUUUAGAUAUACUUUAUAAUCCUUAUUUAAUAACAAUCCAAAUAUCAAUUAUUAAUAAUAUUUAUAAUUCUAGACAAAAAAUAAGUUUAGCUCCUUAUAUUAUCAAUUAUCAAAAUGCAAUAAAAAAAUUUGCAUUAAAUGGUAUGAUCUCUAAUAGGAAUUAACUCAAAUUUGUCUUAAAUCAUAUGUUACUUAUAUUACAAAACUUCUUGAUAAUAUAAUACUUUUGGAAAUGGAUAUUCCCUUAACUCAAAUAUCAUUUAAUGAACAAAAUUGUUAAUUAAUUUUAGAAUUUUUAGAAAACCAUAAUACAAGUUAAUUAUAAAAAUUUAUUUGUAAACAUUAAAUUUACAGAAAGAUUAAAUAAAUUGAAUAAAAUUAAGUAAAUUUUAAUCAGAUCAAAUAAUAUUUAGAACAAUUAGAUUUGGGAUAAAAUAAUGAAGAUUGUAUUGUUGAUUUAAGGUAUAUUUUGAUUGAGUGUUCAGAUUCAUAACAAAAAGAUAUUGAAAUAUAUUCAUAUUUAUAAGAGGAAUGGAUUUUAGAUCAUUUAGAACAAGGGGAUACAAGUUUUUUAUAAGAUUUCAUAAAUUAGGAAGGUAUUUUCAGCUCCAAAUUAAUGAAAUAUAAUGAAAAACUAUAGAGAUUAGCAAAAUUGUCUAUUGAACAAAGUGUAAACUGGAGAAAUAUAAAAAAAAUAUUAAAAUAAGAAUAAUGA